UCUAAUGCAGCGGUAGAAAAAGAACGAUGGGAAAGGUUAGGUUGUUGUUCAGUUUUACAGUUCGUCCGUGGCAGCCGAAACAACACCACGUAUACUAUCAAGGUGAACAUAAUGACCGCCUUUUCGCCAUUGCGUGCGACUGUUUAUUUUAUAACGGGGCUGAUUCUAUUGUCCUGUGUCAUCCAAUCUUCUUCCGCCCCCGCUCCGAAAGAAAAAUCUCCCGAAGACGAUAACGAACUCAAACUAGACGGCAACACUAAGCCUACGCAUGAAAAGCCGAGCUCUGUUCGUACUAGGUCCAUUUUCCGAGACAUCAUGAGUCCAAGGGCUGUCAAAUCGGUUUUAGACAUUGCAAUGGACAAAAUGACAAUUUUAAUGACUGGAACCAAUAAUUUCCUGAAUGGGAAGUCCAAUAUCGAACCGAUCGACCAAUUCGCUUCAAAUUUCAACAUGCUCUUUACUUCACCAGGAUCGAUGGCUGUUAAUAAUUAUUACAACAUAUUUGCUAACUUUUGGGUUAAUUUCGACGCUAUAUCUCAGUUCAUUCGCGGACUCGAAAAUCGAAUUGUGGUAAGAAGAGUGACAUCGGCAUCUGCAGCGGAUGAGGAAGAAGCCAACGAAAUUGUGGAAGAGACGUUGUUGUCACUUACUGCUGCCAACGCCCAACUAGAAGACUUCAAAAAUAACCUGAACAACUUACUCCGUCGUCAAGGUAUUGCGAUCGUUCAAGGAACUGCCAAAUCAAAAAGAGCUGACGUCGUGAAUGACAGCGAGGACGAAGACGACGAGGAAGAGGACGAUGACGAAGAUGAAGAUGAAGAUGAGGAAGAUGCUGUCAACUCCUUAACAAAUCAAUUCAACUCACCUGCCGCUCAGAUCAACAGAAAAAAAUAUUUUACUGAUGAACAUAGCGAUGAUAGCAACGAUAUUGAAUUAUCUAGAGUUUGAUAAGGGAAAGUAAUACUAGCGCUGCAUUAAAUGUGCGGGGCCGCAGUCUAUGUGCGAAAAAAUUGAAUGUAUUUAACUUAUUGUAAAUAUUAUUGCGUAUUUUUCUGUCACUUGAAUAAAACAAAAUCUUGAGCGCAA